AUGUCAUUUCUGGCCAAGCAAGCCCGCCAGGACCCCGUUUCACGCCGAAAUCUUCUCCUAGUUCUGUACGAAAAUCUCAAGUUCAAACCCGUUCAGGCCAUAAAAGAAGGACAACUCCCUGCCGUUCCGUCCUCCGAUCCCAAAGAUCCACUCAAUCUCAGUUGUAAUUCGCUUCAUGCGCUUGCGAUAGGCGUAGAUGUGAACGACCCGAAAACCUUUGACGAUGUUGUCUAUCCAGUUCUACCUGCCGCUUCCUUUUGGAUAUCCUUGUAUUGCGAACCCCAGACGCUCUCAGGGAGUCACUUAUGUGUCUCGGUACAUUUGCUGGUCGUACAGCUCGGACAUUCAUACAUUCUCGACGCUCUUGGAUAUGGCCUGCUUCCAUCCUUGCUCAAGGCAACAGAUUGUCUUUAUCGUUAUCGGCGUUUCACGCCAAUCAAACCGCUUCAAGUUGCCAAUUCUUUAGAGGUGAUUAUGUCGCAAAUUCUUGAGAAGAUUUCAUCACGUUUUGUCUAUGCUUCGAUCUUAAAGAGAAGCAGCAUGUUCAUAUACAAAGCGGAACGGGCUGGCAGGUUUCCAGGAUUCCGAGUUAGCGAUCGUGCAGUGGAUAUCAGUGUCCUUUGUAGAGCAUGGGUAGAUUUUGGAUGUCUUUCAUCGUACAGAAUGGAUAUACUCACGAGUGAUGAGUACAGACUCUGUGGUAACGCGCAGUGCCCCAGAAGAUCCGGAAAAGCCGCAACGACUGUAUUAAUGCGUUGUGCUGGGUGUCAGUUGGAGCUGUAUUGUUCAAGUACAUGCCAAAGAGAUGACUGGAAGGCACAGCGCCGUAAUCUUUGCAAGGAUAUAAAAAGGAUUAGAAACGACGGCGGAGUGCUACCCAUUUCCCGGAGCGACAAAAACACACUGAAAGUGUUCAAUGCCGCGUUUGUUAAGCACUACAAAAAUCUGUCCGCGGAGUGGGCAGAUGCUAAGAAAGAAUAUAUCGAGGAAAAGGGCGAGCCCGAGGAUCCUGACUUGCCGUUCCUUUUGUGCCUAGACUAUGACAGUUCAGACCACGAACCUCAGCUAGACAUUGGCCUGCCAAGGUCAUUCAAGGAUGAAGAAAACUUUAAUGAUCUAGUAUCUAUGGCAGGGGCUGGCCUUGGUACACUGGUGUACUGGAGUAUUCCCGAUGGACAGGAUACCAUUAACAAGUUGGAAUUGUUUGCAUAGCGAUUGUAUAAUAAUACCGAAGUCGCCAUCUAAAUUCUCGCCUGAGCGACUGAAUUCAAAUAAAGAUUUUCAUGAGAGAUACAUGAUGUUGCUAUAAGAACAGGUAGCUCAUAAACCUCAUUAUUGGUUGUCAAUAGUCAGGAUCGGCAUUAGAAUCAUCACGCUCAUCCUCCGAUUCUACCACCUCGCUCUCAACCUCUUCAUCCGCAAGCUG